CCAGAUUCUGCACGACUGUAUUCAACCCAUCCAAUGCACCCUUGGUAUACAUCCUGAACAAUCAUCUAUCAACCACGAGUCCACAAUCUGAGAAAAAUGGAAUCCAACCCCCGCAAACUCUCCGGAUCCUACCACCUCACCGGCGCGGACAUUGUCGAAUCGAUCGACGAUCUCGGCUCGGACGGCCGAUGGGAGGAGCUGACCGCCAAGCGCGCGGCCCACCAGACCGCCGCCGCCGACAUGCCGCAGGGCAGCGAGCGCACCGGCUUCCCCAGUAAUAAGGUGCCCGAUCGGGCGCAGUCGUUCCGGCCGUACGAUCCGAAGGGGGCGAUGGGCACCGAGCAGAGCGAGGAUAUUCAUCCUCAUGAGUAA